AUGAUCGACAGUCGAAGUGAGCAGGCGACUACCGAGGAAUGCAGUCCUCUCAUCGGAGAGCCCGAACAAGCUGAGGCUCUUAUCUCACAGAGGAGCCGAGACUACGACGGCCACUAUGGAAACGUUGCACCGAGCAUAACAUAUCGUCUUUAUGUGUCUCACUUUUUGUCGACAUGGAAUUCACGCGUGUUCGAAUUCGGCGCGGUCUUGUACUUGGCCACCAUCUACCCGGGGACGCUGCUGCCCAUGUCUGUCUAUGCACUGUCCCGUGGAAUGGCAGCAAUUGUUUUUGCGUCGGCAGUGGGUAACUACAUCGACGUGGGCAAUCGUUUGCAAGUCGUUCGAUUGUCGAUCGUGUUGCAGCGGCUUGUCGUUGCUGCCUCCUGCAUAGUAUUCUAUGUUCUAGCAGUGGACACGUCUAAGUCUCAAUUGGUCAAUUUGUGCCUUCUUGCGAUCCUCACAGUGUUGGCCUGCACUGAGAAACUGUGCUCGAUCCUAAACAUGGUAUCCGUCGAAAAGGACUGGGUGGUUGUUAUUGCGGGUGACAGCCACGGGGAUCUCAGAGCUAUGAACGCUCAGAUGCGACGAAUUGACCUCGUUUGCAAACUCCUCGGACCUCUAUUCAUAGCUCUAUUGGACGGUGUCUCCGCGCAGACUGCUAUUAUCGUGAAUUUUUCAAUGAACCUGUGUUCAGUGGUUAUUGAAUACUACUCGAUCGCCAAGGUAGCUGUUCAGUUCAUUUCAUAUCUCAGCCGUGAAGCCUUCAAGGGUCAUCUUUCUUACCGACUCAUGCAGGUGUACUCCGAAGUACCGGAACUACAAGAGCCGAAGGACGCGUCGGUAAAUCAACUGAGGACUCCGACACAGGCAAGCUCGAGUCUGCGUGCCGCCUGGGACUCAAUUCGCAAGAGUUUUGGACAGUCUAUGAAAGACAUUACCUCCUACUUCAACCAUCACCUUUUUCUCCCAUCCUUUGCAAGUGCGCUCCUAUACCUCACCGUCCUCUCCUUCUCUGGGCAAAUGGUUACAUGGCUCUUGUCCACAGGCUUUGAUUCCACGCAGGUUGCUGUGGCGAGAACUGUGGCCGUCGCAUUUGAGAUGUUAGCCACAUGGGUCGCUCCGUUCCUCAUGGGAAGGAUAGGGACGGUCCGCGCUGGCCUGUGGCUGGCAACCUGGCAGAUAAUUUGUCUAGCAGGCGGAUUUGCGAUCUUCUGGAGGUUUGCAAAUCGGCCGACCGUUUCGGCAUCUGGACUCGUGGGUGGCACCAUUCUCAGCCGAUUAGGCCUCCGGGGCUUUGAUCUUUGCGCGCAGAUAUUGGUCCAGGAGGGAAUUGAGGCUGGCGAGAGAGGCUCAUUCUCCUCGACCGAGGCUGCCUGGCAGAAUCUUUUCGAAAUAUGCUCAUACAUUUCCACCAUCAUCUUCUCUCGGCCUGACCAGUUCGAAUGGCCAGCGCUGAUUAGCAUCAUAGCAGUGACUCUCGCUGGAAUCUUCUAUGCGCUCUAUGUGCGUACGCAGCGAGGGCACCUGUUGCACCUCCCUGCCUGUUUGACUCCCGAGCGCCUCCAGAGAUCAGGAGAAGGCGUUUUGAACAGAAUUUCAUCCAGCUCGGACAUGUGA